GUUCUGUUUCUCGUUGCUGGCUAUGGCGGAUGUUAACGAGAAAGAAACCAUGAAGAACUAUCACAUAGCGUCGGAGAAAAUCAACCCAGAGGCCUGUCGUUACCCUCAUUGUAUCGUCUGGACGCCCAUACCCGUGUUGUCCUGAAGUCAAACAUCGUCACAAAUGCAGCCUCAAAUCAACUAUCGAAGCCUCCCACCUCCGACUUGGCUCCUCUCACACCAAUCUACGACAGACGAGUCCAUUCAGAGAUGGUUAUUUCCAAUUAUUGGACACAUGGGCAUCUGCACUUCCACUGGGAUCAUUCGAGACUUUGCUGGACCCUAUUUUGUUUCAGAGGACAACAUGGCUUUUGGGAGACCCACAAAGUACUGGAUGCUUGACAUUAGCAAAGUCUAUGCAGGUGGCUCUAAUGCCUGGGAUAGAGCCGUGCAUGACGCUUCAGAGGAGUACAAACACAGGAUGCACAACUUAUGUUGCGACAACUGCCACUCGCACGUUGCUAUGGCUCUAAAUCUGAUGCAGUAUGAAAACAGCACUUCAUGGAACAUGAUCAAGCUUUGCCUACUCGUGUUUAUCCACGGGAAACAUGUCAGCUGCGCAGGCUUCCUGAAGUCAUGGCUGCCCUUCUUCAUGCUGCUGGGCAUCAUCGUGACGGUGGUCCUCGCCAUCAACCUCUGGUGACCUGGGACGCUUCCUCAGAUGUGGGAAAACAAUGCGGGUGCCUACGAGACUUUUAAAACCUGUAAAAGCCAAGAUGUCCAAAACGUUUGUCAGUUAACACCUCUUGAUUUAGAGCAGGAGUGGGCAGGCUUUUGGGCCCUUUUAUAAAAGUGACAAGAUGUGUCAGGCAUCAAGUCUAAAAUAUA